UACAAAUGAUUGAAUGAAAUUCAUCAGUCUCGUUUGAGCUUUUUCCUUAAAUCCUAAAGGAAUGCGCCGGGAAGUAAAACGACGCCGCUUUAAUGAAGCCGUCGUCAACAUGCUCUUCCCGCAACCACUGUCGCCUCCACAACUACAACCAAACGAGGAGGAAAAAGAACCGGUGAACGUACUCCGGGAAGACUUUGAUGCGGAUCUUAUUCCAGACGAUUUGGAAGAAACCGGAUACUCUACAAGCGAUGAUAAUGGUGAUGGUGAACCAGUGCGACCUCAGCAGCUGACGAGGGCUCAGAGGAAGAGGCUUCGCAAGAAGAAGCUUAAGGAGGAUGCCUGCCGCCGCGGAAAAAUUAUUGGGCCGUUGUUACCUUCGACGAGCGAUGAUGUCGGCGACCCUGGCGGUGGAGACGGCGAUGUCGUAGAAAAAGAACCUCCAGCCGUUCGACAUAGUGCCGCUGAGAACAAACUCGACGCUACAACCAAUAAGUCAGGAGAGAAGGCUGCUGGUGUUAACCAGAAGAAACUGAAGCAAAGAAGGAUGGCCAAAAGACUGGCUAAGGAAGGACUGAAGUCAUCGUCUAGUGUGGAGAAUUGCUGAUAAAAAAUGAUAAUCCUUGUGCUAAAAGGAUGGGAUUUCCGAUUUCCACCUGAAAUCGCUUUGCUGUGAUGAAAUUUGCAUCGAGUCAAGUCAUAGAGCAGAAGAAAAGGAGUUGCGUGAGACACUGCCAAAUUAAGAAUAUUUCUUUAAAACGUAAUUCGUGUAACAUUUCUCUAAAAAACAAAAAAGUUGAUGCAAGACUAUAAUUCACCGUAACAUUCUAUAAAAUAGAAUUUCAUUCCAUGUAAUUGAGCGGAGCCGAGCCAAUCUUUCUGCUCAAAAUAAUCGAACUCAAGUUUGAGUUCAAGACUUUUAUUUAUUCUUUGUUUGAGUUCGACUCGGUAAGCUAAAUUGUUUAUUUAGCUCAAUCUCGGCUCAAAUUGUUUACUUA